AUGUGGAAGUAUUUGUUACUUAUUCUCACAUGGGACGCAGUGGAUUCAAGUGCAACGAGGCACGCAUUUUUUCGUAAAUUGGAUGAUGGAAGUGGUGGCGGCCAAGAAAAGGGUGGGCGGCGCGUAUAUGGGGGCUCGGUGGCAGCUCUAGCAGAAUUCCCAGCGGCGUGCGCGCUCCUAGACCGCUACUGGGGGCCGCGCUGCUCUGCAACUGUGCUUGCACCGCAUUGGGCGCUCACCGCCGCGCACUGUGUGACUCGCCGCCUCGCAUAUGUCAAGUACAAUACGCGCCGCCCCAACUCGCCAGAGGGAGACGUCACGCCCGUUCAAUAUCUCUACAGGCAUCCCAAGUAUGAAGUGCGUCAGACCGAUGAGGGUCAAGGGCUGGACGUCACGGUGCUGCAUAAUGACGUUGGUUUGGUGCGUACGCGAAAUGAGAUGCGGUUGAGUGCAGCUCUAGCUAUGGAUGUGCUCAGUGGUAUGAGUCUGUAUUCUCCGAGUGAGUUGUACAAUAAAGAGGUAACAGUGCUGGGAUUCGGGCGAUCGGAGCGGUCAGCACUAGGCGAGGAGCUCUUCUCCGUACAACUAACAGCGGCAUCAUGCGAGCGAAUAGGCUGGGAACCCUGCAUUUGCGGGCUAGCACCGAGAGCCGCCCGUGCUGUAUGUUCCGGAGAUUCGGGCGGGCCUGUUCUGUAUGAAGGCGUGCAGGUCGGAGUAACCUCUAUGGGACCAGUGGAGUGUUCGACGGCGCGGCCACCACCAGCUGGCGCAACUAGUGUCUUUACAUGGUUACAGCCGUCGGCGGCACUACUAAACGCCACGUUGACCGGUGCGGACGCUGCGUUACGAAUGAGUAUCAUCUCAAGAGCACCCCGUUCCCGAUCUACGUUCAUCCCACACAUGCUCCUACUAAUAUUUAUUGUCUUUGGUAUUGUGUAA